AUGUUAUUUUCGGUAACGCAAAUUUUAAUUGCUUCGGCAAUAGUAUUGCUAAGCUUUAUAGCUUAUCUCUACUCGGACGUUAUAAGGGCAAGAAGAAAAUUGGCUUGGGUACCUCAGAUACCCAGAGUACCAUUUUUGGGUAGUAUUUUUGAGCUUGGAGACUUGUCACGGAUUCUAUCUGAUUUUUUGAGAAUCACAAACAAUGUCAAAAAAAUGGCGUACUAUGAAGUAGGAAACAAAUGGGUGCUAGUCGUUAAAAAUUACGACUUACUGGAGUUCAUAUUAACGUCAACUUCAACUAGCCUUUUAACCAAAUCUAAGGAUUAUGUAUCUUUCCAGCCAUGGUUGGGAAAUGGACUAUUGACAGCGCCAGGUCCCAAAUGGAAAAAACGUAGGAAGGUCAUAACACCUGCGUUUCAUUUUUCGAUUUUGGAACAGUUUGUGGACAUUUUUGAGUCAAACUUGGAUAUUUUGAUCAAGAAAUUGGAAAACGAGGCUGUGGGUAAACCGAAAACCGAUCUUGUACCCUACAUCACCACUUGUACGUUGGAUAAUAUUUGUGAAACUGCAAUGGGAGUUCGCAUCGAAGCACAAAGCAACAAAAACCAAGACUACGUAAACGCUGUGAAAGAUUUUUCCAAAAUUGCUAUGGCUAGAGCUUUUUCCAGCUGGAAAACUAAUGACUUGCUUUUUAAAUUUUCAAAAGAAUACAAGCUACAGAAUAGAAAUAUGGAACUUUUGCACGGACUUUCGAAUUCGGUUAUUGAAAAGAGAAAACAAGAAUUGCAGAAUAAUAAAAACGUUGAAAGUUUAGAGGAGAAUAGUUUGGGCAAAAAGAAGAAAUUAGCGUUUUUGGAUUUGAUGCUGAAAUCUACUAUCGAUGGUCAGCCAUUGACUCAAGAGGAGAUUAGAGAAGAAGUUGACACUUUCAUGUUUGCGGGGCAUGAUACAACAUCAUGGGCUAUAGCGGUUGCAUUAUACUUAUUAUCAAACCAUCCAGAGGUUCAAAAAAAAGUUCGGGAGGAACAAAGAGAGAUUUUCGGCAAAAAGAGAGACAGGACAGUAACUUAUCAGGAUUUGCAAAACAUGAAAUAUUUAGAGGUCGUCAUAAAAGAAACCCUAAGGCUUUACCCAUCACUUGCAAUGAUAGGAAGAUUAGCUACUGAUGAUAUUAAUUUCAAAGGUAAUAUCAUUCCCAAAAACACAUUGAUGACUUUGUUUAUUUUCGGAAUUAACCGAGAUCCCGACUACUAUGAAAAUCCUGAAGAGUUCAAACCCGAGAGAUUUUUGGAUAGUACCGGUAAACACCCAUAUGCGUAUAUUCCUUUUAGUGCUGGACCAAGAAACUGUAUCGGACAAAAAUUUGCACUUUUGGAAGUAAAGAGUACGAUAUCGGGCAUAAUCAGAAACUUCGAGUUACAUCCUACGAAUCCGACUCACAAAUUACAAAUUUCAUCCGAAGCAGUACUCAAGUCUCUAAAUGGUAUAAUGGUUAGAAUUGAGAAGCAUAAAUGGGAAUAGGCGAAUAAACACAAAUAUUAUAUGCA